AUGUCUUCCUUGCCUGCGUUUCCUCGUGCUUCAUUCUUGUUGCUUUGCAUUCUGGGUACGACCCUGCCAACUGCUGGCUUUCCCCAUCCUCGAUUGCCAAUCAGAAGCCCAGACAGCUCAGUGGAGUCCAAACACGACUGGGAUGUCCUCUUCCCUGCCAUGUCCCUCCAUGACAGCAGCAUGCAGAUGAUGUCCUCACCAACAGCCAAUAGGAACGCAGCUGUGCUGGGCAAGGCACGGCCUUCUGCCACGUCGCAGUUAUCAGAGGGGGCUGACAUGAGGCUGGAGCAGGGCUGGCCUGCCGCGGCCGCCGGUGUGAUGAGAAGGAACAUGGUGGUGGCCGACGACGCGGCCUUCAGGGAGAAGAGCAAGCUGCUCGCCACCAUGGAGAGGCAGAAGUGGCUCAACUCCUACAUGCAGAAGCUACUGGUGGUUAACUCCCAAUGAUGACGUGCACAUCCAGCUCCCCUUAUUACCCCAAAAUACUGUAAAAUAGUACUUGGUGAGAACAUCAAAACCCGUCCUCUGCUGGUUAUGACAUAUUAUGAGCAGACUUCACCCUGUAAACAGCUGAAUGAAUACGCUUGACUUUGGUAGAUCAGCUCGUACAUAUCAUCAGUGGUCCGUCGUGUUUUAAUCCUGUGCUGUGCUGCGGCAGCAGGAAAGUAGAGAGGGAAAUAUCACAUGAACAAAUCCUGAGUCUACUUUCUUUAGGUGCUUCACACAUGAACCACCA